UGUUUUGGCAGUUUCCAGCAGACUCCCAACAACGACCUCUGCCAUGAACCCAGCCACUGUCACCUCUGUGGGCGGAGCUCUGUCGGAGCAGUGCAGGGUUGCUGCUAUCACUGUGACGCUGGCAAAAGACUUCCUCCUCAGCUACAACAUCCAAGAGAACUCUCUGUACCUGGGGGAGAUGGGAUGCCGGGUCAAUGGAGGGAACUCCACUCAUGUUCAGCUGACUGUGGCUUGGAAUGAGUGUGCCACACGGCUCAUACAUAAUGAAAGCCAUUGCAUAGCAUCUGUAACCCUGUUCAGCACCACGGAUCCUUACACGUCCCCGAAUGGUACAGUGGGGGCUCCAACAGUAGCUCUACGAGUCCCUAUCAUGUGCACGUACUCAAAGGAAAUGCUGAUCUCUGCAGACUUUGGCUCUAUGGGGUAGGUUUUCAGAAGCUCUCUUGUUUUUUUGUCCUUUAGCAGCAACAAUCAACUUUACUGUAAAGAAAUCCAAAAAUCUGUAACAGAGGAGCAUUGACUGUAUAGGAGAACUGGACUGAGGGAGUGUGAUGUCACCCUCAAAAAAUGCCUACAUUUUAUAUGUGGUUGGGGGGCUCUCCGGGGGU